UCCUCCACUGGACCACAGCUGCAAAUUUCAUUUUAAUGGCCGAUCGGUGUUGAGAGAAACCCUAGCUCUGUUACCGAGGAACAGCCAUUAGAACGCUCUCUCAGAGCUCAUAAUUUAUUUGUUAAUGCAAAGCUUGAUUUUCUCUGGCGAGAAGAACAUGAUUGCUGCUUAUUUAUUUAUACCUCUAGAACUGCAUCGGAAUGUAAUACAGUUUUGAUAUUAGGUGUGUCAUCGAGUUCAACGCACUUUCUGCUCGAUGAGGCAUGCAAAUAUAAAACAUGGAUCUUUUCAUCUUGAAGAGCACAAUAUGCGAAUCACACGAGCACGAGCAAGAGUGUCGGGUUCAUCAGGACGAUUACCACCCCUACACCCAUCCACAAAACAGGAUAAGAAGCAGGCAUUGGGAGCAGAGUCCAAAAGAUCGAAAAGAUCUGCCUCAGAUGAGAACAGACCUGGUACCUCUAGUAUUGCUACUGGUGUUCAGCCUAAGAGAAGGGCUGUUCUUAAAGACAUGAAGAAUGUACUUCAUGAGAACUCUCACAUGAAUUGCAUCAACGGAAGCAAAAUUCAGGUUAAGAAAGGCUCCGAUAAAAGGAACAAUAAGGCGAAACCUGCUGUUUCUCUAAAAUUGUCACAGCUCCAAGAGAAAGGAAAAGAGGAUAUAGCUGAUAAAGUAAAGAAAGUGAAGGUUGAGGGAUCACAAGAAAUCAGUUCGGGGGCAAACUGCAAGGAGGAUAUGUUACCACAGCUAAGUAGAUAUGUCACUCCAGCACAAUGUGGUUUAGUCCAUCUAGUGCCUGUGAACAGAAGUUCCUGCAAGGCCUUCCCACUUCAGAAUGUAAUGAAAAAAGAUGAAAGCAAAGUUUGCCAGAAACAAGAAGGCUUUGCUAAUCUAGGAAUUGCUGAUAUUGAUUCAAGACACAAGGAUCCACUGAUGUGUAGUCUGUAUGCUCCUGAUAUUUAUAACAACUUGCAUGCCAUUGAGUUUGACCGUAGGCCUUCUGUUGAUUACCUGGAAAAGCUGCAGCUGGACAUUAACAAGGGUAUGCGAGGUAUUCUGAUUGAUUGGCUUGUGGAGGUUUCAGAAGAAUAUAGGCUGGUUCCUGACACACUUUACCUAACUGUUAAUCUUAUUGACCGGUUCCUAUCUGAAAAUUACAUUGAAAAACAAAAGCUGCAACUACUUGGAGUUACCUGCAUGCUAAUAGCUUCCAAAUUUGAAGAGAUUUGUGCACCUCGUGUUGAAGAAUUUUGCUUCAUUACAGAUAACACUUACUCGAAGGAAGAGGUAAUAAAAAUGGAAAGCAGAGUCUUGAACCUUUUGAGCUUUCAACUUGCUUCUCCAACCACUAAGAAAUUCCUGAGGAGAUUCAUUCAAGCAGCUCAAGCUUCUUACAAGGUUCCCUCUGUCGAACUGGAAUUCAUGGCAAAUUAUUUAGCAGAGUUAACACUUGUUGACUAUGGGUUUCUUAAGUUUCUUCCAUCUCUUACUGCUGCAUCAGCUGUAUUUCUAGCUAGAUGGACGCUUGAUCAAUCUAACCACCCAUGGAAUCCAACUUUGGAACACUAUACCAGAUACAAGGUAUCAGAGCUUAGAACUACAGUUUUUGCACUGCAAGAGUUACAGAUGAACACCAGUGGCUGCACCCUCAAUGCCAUACGUGAAAAAUAUAGACAACCAAAGUUCAAGUCCGUGGCUACUUUAGCAGCUUCAAAACCAGUCCAAUCACUGUUCUAAGAAGAGCUCGUAUUCCAUCUGCUUGGCCAGUUCAAAUGUUGUGAAUACAUCCUAAAUCUCUCAUAUUAAGUCAGACUUGCAUGGAAAUAUCCCAUAGUGUCAAUCGCCAAAAGAGCCCUCAUUUUGUUUAUUCCUCUUCCAAGGUUUAACUGCUGUAUCAUUCUAGAUUCUAAUGAGUUCAAGGUACUAAUAGAUUAUUAGGUGGAAAUGUGAAGGCUUAGUUGAAGUAAAGCUGUUAAUUUAACAGAACAUUAGUAGAAAAGAAGUUAACAGUAACCGAUAGCUACUUGCUAUCUUGUAGUAUGACUUUCGAGCUUACUGAAAGCUCCAGUUGUAAAAUCGUUCUGAAACAGACAUUUCUAUUCUUUUAGUCAAUAAAUUUGUUCAUGUUAAA